AUGGCUAUUAGGUUAAGGAGACACAAGUCAAGACAGGCAAGUCACAAGUCAAGUCACAAGUCAAGUCACAAGUCAAGACACAAGUCAAGACACAAGUCAAGACACAAGUCAAGACAGGCACGUCACAAGUCAAGUCAAGACAGGCAAGACAAGUGUCAAGUCCCAAGUCAAGACUGGCAAGUCAAAAGUCAAGUCACAAGUCAAGUCACAAGUCAAGACAGGCAAGACAGAAGUCAAGUCAAAAGUCAAGACAGACAAGGCACAAGUCAGGUCCCAAGUCGAGACAGACAAGACACAAGUCAAGACAGACAAGACAAAAGUCAAGUCCCAAGUCGAGAGAGACAAGUCAAAAGUCAAGACAGACAAGACACAAGUCAAGUCCCAAGUCAAGACAUGCAAGUCACAAGUCAAGACACAAGUCAAGACACAAGUCAAGUCACAAGUCAAGACACAAGUCAAGACACAAGUCAAGACACAAGUCAAGACAGGCAUGUCACAAGUCAAGUCAAGACAGGCAAGACUUUAGUCAAGUCCCAAGUCAAGGCUGGCAAGUCAAAAGUCAAGACAGACAAGACACAAGCCAAGUUCCAAGUCGAGACAGACAAGACACAAGUCAAGACAGGCAAGUCAGAAGUGAAGUCAAAAGUCAAGACAGACAAGACACAAGUCAAGUUCCAAGUCGAGACAGACAAGACACAAGUCAAGACAGGCAAGUCAGAAGUGAAGUCAAAAGUCAAGACAGACAAGACACAAGUCAAGUUCCAAGUCGAGACAGACAAGACACAAGUCGAGACAGACAAGACACAAGUCAAGUUCCAAAUCAAGACAGACAAGACACAAGUCAAGUCCCAAAUCAAGACAGACAAGACACAAGUCAAGUCCCAAAUCAAGACAGACAAGACACAAGUCAAGACACAAAUCAAGAUAGGCAAGUCACAAGUCACGACAGACAAUACACAAGUCAAGUCCCAAAUGAAGACAAUCACAAGUCCAGUAUUGAGACUUGAGUCAUGUAUCACUCUUGUGAUACACUGAGAAUGUAACAAGUCAUUCUAAGUAAAAGGGCACAAGUCCAAGUAAAGUUACUGAUGUCAAAGUCGAGGCACAAGUCUUGUGUCAAAAGUCAUAACUUGAUUCCACAACACUGUAAUAUAAUAAUAUGACACAUUUGCUAUGAUAAUAGUUCACAGAUAAUAAAACAUUUGCUGUGAACAGAAGUGGAUGCUACAUACAGUUAUUCCACUGUAAGCAAAAAAAGAAGAAUAUUACACAGAGCA